AUGGGAAACCGGCACCGUAUUCGCACUGCCUGUGCACCUCACGACCAAUCCUCGGAGGACGCCUACGACCUUGUGGUUAUCUUCCGAUCCGCGUCAUACCACUUCGAGGAGCGGAGACGAAUUCGUGAGGCAACUCGCAAUCUGCCAGGUCGUAUUCGUGUUGUGUUCGCACUGGGUCAACCGCGCGCCGACGUGGCAGGCAAUCUGUUCCACAUGAACGGCGGCUUCGCCGUGGAGUGGGCACGACGGGCAACCGAAGCUCGGGAGAGAGCGUUAGCGGAGGCAGACGAGUUCGUCGACAUUAUCAUUGGCGACUACGUAAAUACCUAUGUAAACUUAACCUACAAGCUCAUGGCGAGCUAUCGGUGGGCUUCUGCAUUUUGCCAAGAUAAAUCCGACGUCUUCCUGUUUAUUGACGACGACUACGAAUUCAACGCGAAGAACGUGCUGAACUACCUAAGUGGUCUGACGAAGUUGGAGCGUCGCCAGCUGCUCAGUGGGCCCCUAAUGACAUGA